GACUUCGAAUAGAUCGCAAUGAGUUUAGCUGGUAAAGUUGUUGUUGUAACCGGCGCAAGUUCCGGUAUUGGUGCCGCCACAGCUGAGGCCUUUGCCAAGCAGGGUUCCAAAGUGGUGCUCACAGGACGAAAUGAAGCAAAUCUGAAGGCUACUGAGGCUGCCUGUAAAGCAGCCAACAGCAAAGUGGAACUACUACUCAUCGUCGCCGAUGUAACGACGGACGCCGAGAAGAUUAUCAAAACAACAAUUGACAAGUUCGGACAGUUGGAUGUGUUGGUGAAUAAUGCCGGCUAUGGUGAAGGGGGUUCAAUCUUGGAUAUUGAAGUCGAUCAAUUUGACCGUGUAAUGAAUACCAAUUUGCGUUCGAUCUUCCUGUUGACCAAAUACGCCGCACCACAUCUCGUGAAGAGCCAAGGUAAUAUCGUGAAUGUCUCCAGCGGCGCAGGAUUGCGUUCAUACGCUGGUCUUUCGGCCUAUUGCACAUCCAAAGCGGCACUUGAUCAAUUCACCAGAUGUAUCGCCUUGGAUUUGGCGCCGAAAAAUGUGCGUGUGAACGGCGUAAAUCCUGGAAUGAUUGUGACAAAAUUCUAUCAAGGUUUUGGCGUAUCGGAAGCAGAUUAUGUUAAACAUGUGGAGCAUGCGAAGACUAUGUAUCCAUUGGGUCGCGCCGGCGAACCCAAGGAAGUGGCCGAUGUCAUUAUUUUCCUUGCCAGUGACAGUUCGAGCUUUAUAACGGGCGCAAAUCUUCUGAUCGAUGGUGGCAAACACACCACUUGCCCGAUUUAAUAAUGUAAUUUAGUUUGUUUAAACCUAAUCAUAUUUAUAUAGUUAUUGUAAAUUAAAAUAUGCUUUAAAAUAA